UUGCAGUUUCUAGGCGUGGUUUAAGCAUUGUUGACCACGCCCAUUAAGGGUGGGGCUCUUUGCAUUUCCAAACAAGCAGGAGUGCAUCAUAGGGCAUGGAAAGAGAAACUAGCUUUUUGCGUUGCUCUAAAUUAAGCAGCUAUGUUGAGUUUAACAGGAUGGUUCAAGCACUCUCAGCUCACAGGAACCACAGGAAAGGAGAGAGUGGUACUACAAUACACACACCAAGUAGAGGAACUUGUGCAGAGUAUAACUUUUACCAGACAUUGGCAAUCAUGCUCAACCAGGUCCUCCACAACCCACAUCAAGAGAUUCAAAAGCAAGAGCUAUUAACAAUCUAUCAGUGGUUUUCACUCAACAAACCAUUGGCUACACCAUCAAUCAAAAGAAAAGACACGCCAAAACCUCAGAUAUUUCUAAAUAAAUCAAAGGCUCAUCAAAGUCUUGAUAUCAGACCACAGACCGCCCCAGCAGUGAUUGGAUAUUCUCGAGCUUCAACUCCACACUGCCCUCCUUCCACACCUGCUCCUCCAGUAUUGAGUUUCACUUCAUCUUUUGUCACUCGCUCUCUGAGUGCUAAUGACAGGCCAAUCAGUGUACCACUGCCUAGCAAAGAGAGGCAUUGGGGAGGAGGAGAGCAUAAGAAAAUUGAUGCAGUAACAGGGAGCAAAAUCAGAAACAACAGUGGGCUUGCAUCACCUAGUUUUGGAAUAUCUGGAGCAAGCCUACACUUAUCACCAUCAGAUCAAACUAGCAGACCUAUUACUCCAGCUAUUGUUGUUUCAUCUGUAACUGGUGUGGCAGCUGAAAUGACCCUUGAAAGACUAGCAGCAUCGUGGCAGCAUUCACAGAUACGAAGAGUAACAAAGAGGGCAGCUACUGUAGGUGCUCCCACUGCAUGUAGUAGACAGCUGAGGUUGAGCAUUGAACCAAAUAAUGAAGAAAAGGAGGAGGAGAGGGAGAAGGAUCUGCCAAAAUCUUUAUCUGAGGGAGCAUUGGAAACUAUUGCCGAAGAAAGGGAGGAAGAGGAAGGAGAGAAAUUGAAUAAGAGUAGAGCUAUCAAAGGAGACAAUAUCAGUAGCAAGGAAAUACAAGGAAAUGACAAGGAAAAGAAUAGUGAAGAAGAUGAGCAAAUGGACUCACAUGUCCUUGCUAAUGGAGACAGCAGAGGAGGAGGGCAUGUGACAUCAGUGAGAAUCAGUAGAGGAGUGAAGAAGGGCAGUCCUCCAAAGAGUAGCUGUUUCCUUUCAACAAACACAAGACAAGGACACAAGAUUGGUGUGGUCACACUUGAACUUGAUAGCAGUCGGUGCCCAGGGCAGCUGCAAGAUAAUAAAAGGUUGUGUUCUCCAAAACCACUAGCAACAAUAGUUGCUGGCUUUAAUAAGCACAAGUAUAAAUCAAGAAAGACACACAAUGUCCAAUGAGUAAAGAUUGUUCUCAAUAAUGCAGUUGAUAUUUUUAAUAUAUAUAAUAUUUUUUCAUUUUUCUAAUAUAAUAUCGAUUCCUUUAUUCCCAA